GGUAAUACAACGAAAAUGAUUGUCAGCAGAAGAUUAAAGCUCUUUGCCAAAGCAUGGACCCCAAAUAUGGCUGUUUGGGGUGCAGCUCUCGGUGUGACAGUGAUCCAUUUCACAGAUUGGCGGCUGGUUUUGGAUUAUGUUCCCUACAUCCGUGGAAAAUUUAAAAAGGAUGACUAAUCAUCAAAUUCAGUCUUUAUUGUUGCAAAAAGAUGACCAGCCAAGACGUGCAGCAGCCACUCUCGCUCACUGUGGUCCAGCUGCGUCUCAGACUACUGGGCACAUCAUCGUUGAACUUUCCAACAUCCUCUGGAAUGCGCUGGGUUUUUGGCUCCUCAACCACAGAAUGGCAGGAAUUUAUAAAUUCACAUUUAUUCAUAAAUGGAAUUUCAUGUUAUAUGUAUUACUUGUUUUCUCCCAUGCCAUCCCCAAA